AAAGAAGAAAAAAAACUGCUUGACUACGCAUGCGCUAAUGUCAUGGUGGAGCUUCUUCUUACUUCUGGUGAAAUUUGGUUAAAGUGUUGCUUUUUAGUGACAGACAUGGCGUGUUGGUAGCUCAUUUCUCGCAAAUAUCAACCUUAGGAAGAAGACUACGUCAUAGGGAAGGAAAAGCGGAAUCAUGACAACAAACGAGGAUCAAGAGAUGGAGUUGGAAGCUCUUCGCUCUAUCUAUGAGGGCGAUGAAUGUUUUAAAGAGCUUAGUCCAGUUUCCUUUCAAUUACGAAUAGGAGACCUGGAGGACUCCAAAUCAUUCAUCCUGGAUGUAACAUGGCCAGAGACGUACCCAGAGAUUGGCCCACAAAUCUCCCUUGAUGGCUUUUUUAACAACAGACUCGCUCCAGACACGAAGCAGCUCAUCCUAUCCAAGCUGGAGGAGCAAGUGGAGGCCAAUGUGGGCACUGCAAUGAUGUACACACUGUUUGAGUGGGCCAAAGAGAACCAGGAAGCCCUGAUGGAGAACCACACACCUGUAGUCACUGCUGUGACCUUAACGUCCAACAGUGAGGUGACAUUGACCACGGCGACUGCCAAAAAGAAGGAGAAGAGGGAGCAGCUGACCAAAGCUCAGAAGAGGAGGAUCAUCGGUCGAACAGACCACAAAGGGGAAUUGCCCAGAGGUUGGAACUGGAUCGACGUUAUCAAAGUAUGUUUUUAAACCUUCCACCACAACAUGGUACACAUUUAACAAAGAGCACAAUUGAUUUUUGUCUUGUAUGUUUUUCCUCUCUAUGCUCACUGUACAUCCAGCACGUAAGUGGAUCAACAUCUGAAUCGAAACCGGGUGAGACUGGUUCACACUUCUGUUGCAGUAAUUGUUGUUCUCCACUGUGUUGUAGCUGAGUAAGACAGGAGGCAAAGAUGACGAUUAAGCCCUAAGAGCUGCACUCUUGCUGCUGUCCAAGAAGGUUCUAGCAAUGGCUGGAUCCACCUUCCAAACUGUGGCAAACAGGACACUAGCUGUGCUCGUGAACAUCAGUAAGGAGUUACUGUGUCGGCAGGAUUGUCUUCUUGUUCAAAAUUUCUCCAACAUGAAGGUACUGAAUCCCACUGCCUACACUUUGGUCUGAAAGUGCAAGUGUUACAUUGAACGUGGUCAUUUUAAAACACAAUUUUACUCCUUUUGCUAUUUUCUCAUGUUUUUGUUUGACCUGAAAAUAUCUUGUACAUAAAUAAAACAUUUUGAAAGUA